AUGCGCCUGCGUGAACAGGUACGAUGCUUAAGCAUCACCCCACAGUCACAAUCCGGUCACUCUAAAUGGUCUUCAAUAAAACACGACAAAGCCAAGAAUGAUGCUGGAAAGUCCAAGCAACGCUCCCUCAUGACACGAGACAUCACCAACGCCGUCAAACUCGCCGGUCCCAAUCCCGACAUGAACCCUCGUCUUGCCCUCGCAAUCACUCUGGCCAAGAAGGCCGCUGUUCCAAAGGCUUCCAUUGAAGCUGCGAUAGCACGAGGACAGGGCCUUUCCUCCACUGGCGCAGCACUCGAAUCAUUAGUAGUCGAGGCCGUGCUUCCGGCUUCAGUCGCGACGAUAAUAGAGUGUCAGACGGACAACAAGUUGCGUGCGCUAGCAGAUCUGCGAUUGGUGGUCAAAGACGCAAAAGGUACCAUGUCAACAGUAGGCUAUCUCUUUGAGAAGAAAGGGCGCAUAAUAUUGGGACGGAAAGAUGGCAUGGGUGUUGACGAAGUGCUCGAGCCUGCAUUGGACGCUGGUGUUCAGGAUGUAGAGGACGAUGAACAAGGAAGGGUGGUCCUAUACACAGAGCCAGCCCAGACCAAGAUAAUAGCGGAGAAGCUGUCGAAAGAGUUGGAUAUGGAGAUCGAGGAGAGCGAAAUCAUAUAUGCCCCUAACGAGGACACAAAAGUCCCGCUAGACGACGAAGGGUCGGCAAAAGAAAUUGCCUCUUUUUUAGACGGACUGCAAGAAGUGCAAGGCGUGCAAGGCGUGUACAUGAACUGGACAAAGGGCAACAUCUCAGAUGAUCUGUGGGAAGAGUUGCGCACAAAGGCGGCUGUAUAG